CCUAUGGGCCCAUCCCAAAAUUUGACAAACCUACGGGUCCAGUCCAGGUGUGUGGGGAUGGGGACGCCGGGACGGAAUCUUAUUCGUUUCAUCAGCCAUCCUUGGUGUAGACAUAGUUUGCAGUUGGAUUGGAUCGUUGUUGGAGACAUUAUGUGGAGGGGUGGUGGUGGUUGCAUAGAUUUGUUCAACGCACAACCGGUGGCGGUAGCUCUGUCUGUCAAACAGAACCCUCUCCACUGGGGGUUUCCACCUCUUUCAACCAAAAGGAGUGCUUUCUCAGUAUCUGUCUCACCAACACCACUUUCAAACUCCAUUAAUGCUGUUAGUACCCUUAAACAACGACCGCAACUCUCCUUCCUUUCUUCUACUUGUUCAUCACCUCCUGCUCCCCCUCCUCCUCCUCCUCAAUUGGCUCUUCUCUCCCUCCUCUUCGUCCUCUCUACGGCUAUUGGAGCAAUUUUCUCCUUGGCUAUUAUUUCAAUUCCUACCUUGAUGACUUUUAAGAAAUUAGGUGUCUCGGUGGAUAAAUUGUCCAAAGUAGUUUCUGAAGAAGUGCCCGGAACCUUAUCUUCCCUCAAACUUUCUGGAUUGGAGAUUAAUGAAUUGACUCGACAACUUACCAAUCUCAGGCAAAAGAUUUCUGGUACUCCCUUUGCCAACAAAAGCAGAAGCAAUAACCCCACAAGUAAAAGCGGCGAUUGA